AUGGGGUUUGAGAAAGCCGGAGCUGAAAGGAAGCUGCAACUACAAGAAUUAGAGAACCUUCGCCUAGAAGCUUAUGAGAACUCCAGGCUGUACAAAGAGAAGGUGAAGGCUGUGCAUGAUAAGCACAUCAAGAGGAGAGAGUUUAGCCCUGGGGAAUUAGUCCUCUUUUACAAAUCCAGGUUGCGGCUCAUGCCAGGCAAGCUGAGAUCAAGAUGGGAAGGUCCCUACAGAGUAGAAAAAGCAGAGCCAUACGGAGUCUUUCACCUGAACCAUCCUUCAAGCUCUAAUUUCAUCAAAGUCAAUGGACAUCGUCUGAAGCUGUAUCAUGGCGAGAAGAUGAAGAACAACAAGGAGUUAGAGAUCUUCCUCUUGGAAGAUCCACCAAUAGCAAAAGACUGA